GCUAGCGCUUCAGUUGAUCACCCUCUGAAGCCAAGGAAUGUGAGGCUGCUGUCCACUAAAAUGGGCCUGAAAGUCACGUGGAACCCACCCAAAGAUGCUGCCAGUAGACCCGUGGAGCAUUACAACAUAGCCUAUGGGAAGUCACUGAAAAGCCUUAGCUACAUCAAGGUGAAUGCGGAGACAUCCUCCUUCCUUAUCGAGGAUGUGGAGCCGGGGGUAGUAUACUUUGUGCUGGUUACUGCGGAAAAUCACAAUGGAGUGAGCCGUCCAGUUUACAGAGCUGACAGGACACCUGGAGGUGAAUGGAUCAAGAUUGAUGGUUUUCCCAUUAAGGGUCCAGGACAAUUUAAUGAAACCGUCACAGAAAAGGAAGUCCCCAACAAGCCUUUACGCAUGCGUGUCCGGUCUUCAGAUGACAAGCUGUCUGUCCAGUGGAAAGCCCCCCGCCUGUCAGGAGCCAAGAGCCCCCGAAGAUCACGAGGCUUUCUUCUGGGCUAUGGGGAGAGUGGCCGGAAGAUGAAUUAUGUCCCCUUGACGAGAGAUGAGCGGACACAUGAGAUUAAAAAACUUGCGUCUGAGUCAGUGUACGUGGUCUCCCUGCAGUCCAUGAACUCACAGGGGCGGAGCCAACCAGUCUACAGGGCAGCCUUGACAAAGCGAAAAAUUGCAGAAGAGGAUGAGUUGGAUGUGCCCAAAGACAUCAGUGUCCGAGUGAUGUCAUCCCAGUCUGUGCUCGUAGCCUGGGUGGAUCCUGCUGUGGAAAAGCAAAAGAAAGUCGUUGCAUCGAGACAGUACACAGUGCGCUAUCGAGAAAAGGGAGAGUCGGCACGGUGGGAUUACAAACAGAUCUCCAACCGACGGGUGCUGGUGGAGGACCUGAUUCCAGACACUAUGUAUGAAUUUGCUGUUCGUAUCUCACAGGGUGAAAGAGAUGGAAAGUGGAGUACAUCUGUCUUCCAACGAACCCCUGAGUCUGCUCCCACUACAGCUCCUGAAAACUUAAAUGUCUGGCCAGUCAAUGGCAAACCAACAGCGGUCACUGCGUCUUGGGAUCUACUUCCUGAAACAGAGGGUAAAGUGAAAGAAUACAUUCUUUCAUACGCCCCGGCUCUCAAACCAUUUGGAGCAAAGUCCCUCACCUACUCCAGAGAGACUUCGUCAGCCGUAGUGGAAGGUCUGCAGCCUGGAGAACGCUAUCUUUUCAAAAUCCGGGCCUCCAACAGGAGAGGACAGGGGCCUCAGUCCAAAGCCGUCAUUGUCGCUAUGCCAACCAGUGCCCGCAAGCCUCCAGUGGAUCAGGAAGAGGACACAGAGGAGGAGCUCGCGAGACCAGAGCCGUCCAGACGGGUCCCUGCCUCCACACCACACACUCGCUGGCCUGCUUCUCCCCAGAGCAGAGUGGCCAAGAACCCCCUUCUGGACCUGAAGAACAAAAUUCUGGCAAAUGGGGGUGUGCCCCUAAAGCCCCAGCUCCCACCUCAAAGGAAUGACCACUUGGACCUCCAGUCCACAGAGGUCACCGAAGAGGAGUCCCGCAAGGAUGAAACCACCUCAUCCUCUGAGACCCAGGACCAAAAGCGACCCCUGAGGCCCCCACCCCCCAGCAGGUUCUCCCCCGCUGGCCCUCCUCCUGGGAGGACUCCAGUUCGAGCACCUGUGUUACCCCGAAAGGAGGCCAAAGAUGAGCAGGGGUCCCCUCGAGUCUCUCAGCCCAUGGGGGAGGCCUCUGUCGCAUCCAGCCCCACUGCCAACCAGCCGCCCCGACGCCCCUCUGCACACCUGGUGGCCAACAGCGCAGACAAUGACUCCGUCGAUGAAGAUGACGAGGAAGGGCAUGCUGCCCCCCACCCCAAGGCUGAGACGCCCCACAAGCUGCCCUCCAGGAGGCCGAUGUCCAGCGUUGUGCGGGAAAGAAGCCGGUUGCACCCUGAAAGGAGGCCAGCCCCAUCCCCAGGUCCACCCUCCAGACUGUCCCCGCUUGGGGCCACCCCCAAGCCGCCACCAUCUGCACCGCAUGCAGGCGCCCCCUUCUCCAGGGGUCUCAAAGAUGACCACGAUGUAAGUGUGCCCUCACGUUCCACGGUGGCCUCCAGGACACGGGUCACGGGUGGGGACAGUGACAAUGACGCGGAAUACAGAGGCAGGCAGACAGAGGCCCCUGCUCCCACGCUCCGGGCCCGGCUGCCCGCCAGUCGGCCUGGCUCUGGACACCUCAGUUUUUUCAGACACAGGCACUUUGGUGCCAAUGGUCGCUAUCCGAACAGGUUUGGCAGUGGCAGGGGCCUGCGCUUGCAGCCUUCCAGUGCCCCCCAGGCCACCACGUCCUCCCGAGUGGCCUCCAGGGUGAAUGCUCCCCCGACCUCCGGCCAGCGGCGUGGCUCGAGUGUCCAUGGAGAUGAAGACGCGCAGACGGACUCAGAGGACGAGCGGCCACUUCCUGCCACUGUCACCAACGACGUGGUGGCCUCCUCCUCCAGGCAGCCUCCCUCCAGGAGACCAGACCACCUCUGGAGGGCCCCGCAGAGAGGGCCCAGCACUCACCGCCAAGACCCCAGGUCCACAUCGCCAUCCUCCGCAGCACAGGACAGUCAACAGAGCUCGGACACUGAGAACAAAGGAUCCCAAGCACAGCCAGUGUCCCCGGGGCGCCCACCCUCCCAGGUGCGGCCACAACCCCACUCUGGGCCCAGUGUCCCCAGAAGGACGGUCCCUGGCCAAGGUCUGGGCGCCAGAGUCAAUGGCCCUGAGAAACACCUGUGGCCACGCCGCCCUGUGUCCCAACCUCAGUCCCGGGGGCACCAGGACAAGGAUUCCAGACACGAGGAGCCUCAUCCUGGAGGUUCCCAGGACGACAGCUCAGAAGAGGCGGCCCAGGACGUGCGUCUCCCUUCGCGCUCGACGCCAGAAGACGAGACCCUCUCCAAACACCGCCAGCUGGACCCCAGGGCCCGCCUCGUCGACGACAAGGCCCGCGACCGCCACGUGGUGCAUCCCAGGCUUCCUGGGCGCGCACAGCCCGCAGUGGAGCAGGGCCCCGGUCAGGCCACACCCCGAGAGCCGCCUGCAUCCCCGGAGGCAGAGGAGGAGGAGGACGUGCCUAGGGGCCCGGGGCUCCCCAGCCGCCCCCCGCCCGCGCCCUCCACACCCCCUCCGCCCCCCACGCCAGCGCCCCCCAGCCUAGUGUCCACCACGCCCAUGCUGUCCCUGCGCCAGCGCAUGAUGCAGGCGCGCUUCCGGAACCCGCUGCAGCGCCCGCCCGCCAGGACGCCCGCCAGAGCAGGUUAUAAUGGCAGACCCAACAUCGAAGGGAACACUCUUCCGGGUAGUAAUGGAAGACCAAGUGGACAGAGAAUUAUCAAUGGCCCUCAAGGAACCAAGUGGGUCGUGGAUCUUGACCGUGGGUUGGUUCUAAAUGCAGAAGGAAGGUACCUCCAAGACUCACAGGGCAAUCCUCUCCGGAUUAAACUGGGAGGAGAUGGACGGACCAUCGUGGAUAUGGGAGGGACCCCUGUGGUGAGCCCAGACGGCCUUCCCCUCUUCGGGCAGGGGCGCCAUGGCAAACCCCUGGCAAGUGCCCCAGACAGGCCCAUUUUGAGCCUUGGAGGAAAGCCUCUGGUGGGCUUAGAGGUCAUCAAAACAACCACCCGUGCCCCCACCACGACCAUGAAGCCCACCACCACUACCACCCCUCUUCCUACCACUACCACCCCUCUGCCCACCACUACCACCCCUCUGCCCACCACUACAACAUCGAGACCUACGACCACCACAACCAGGCGGACAACCCCCCAUACCAGGCGGACCACGACCCAGCGGACCACCACCACCUCCCGCCCACGAGUCACUACCACCCGCAUGCGACCCACCACCCGCACACGGCCCACCACCCGCACACGGCCCACCACCCGCCGGACCACCACCACCACCACCCCUGCGCCCACCACCACCUCAGCUCCCACCUGUCCCCCUGGCACCAUUGAAAAGCAUGAUGAAGAUGGCAACCGGAUAAUGGGCUCCAGCGGGACCCCUGAGUGCCUCCCAGAGGAAGAUGAGUUCUCGGGGUUGGAGAGCGAGACUGAGAUGCCCACGGAGGAAGCCUACGUUGUGUAUGAUGAAGAUUAUGAAUUUGAGACUGUGAAGCCUCCAGCCACCACCAAGCCUGUGCCAACUACAGCAGACCCACUGAGGAUCAUUUCCCCGGAAGGACCCAUCAGCUCUUUCCCCCAAGAAGAAUUUGAUCUGGCCGGAAAGAAACGAUUUGUUGCUCCCUAUGUGACAUACCUAAAUAAGGACCUCGCAGCUCCGUGCUCGCUGACUGACGCUCUGGAUCACUUCCAAGUGGAUAGCCUGGAUGAGAUCAUUCCAAAUGACCUGAGGAAGAGCGAUCUACCCCCUCAGCACAUUCCCAGAAACAUCACAGUGGUUGCUAUGGAAGGCUGUCACUCAUUUGUCAUCGUGGACUGGGACAAAGCUACCCCAGGAGACGUGGUGACAGGUUACUUGGUCUACAGUGCAUCCUAUGAAGACUUCAUUAGAAACAAGUGGUCCACUCAAGCAUCUUCGGUGACUCAUUUGCCCAUUGAGAACCUGAAGCCAAAUACAAGGUAUUAUUUUAAAGUUCAAGCCAAAAACCCUCACGGCUAUGGGCCCAUGAGUCCUUCAGUGUCCUUCGUCACAGAAUCAGACAAUCCUCUGCUUGUGGUGAGGCCACCAGGUGGGGAGCCCAUCUGGAUCCCAUUCACUUUCAAACACGACCCUGGCUACACAGACUGUCACGGCCGGCAGUAUGUGAAGCGGACAUGGUACAGGAAGUUUGUGGGGGUCGUUCUGUGCAACUCCCUGAGGUAUAAGAUCUACCUCAGUGACAACUUGAAAGAUACUUUCUACAGCAUUGGGGACAGCUGGGGGAGAGGUGAAGACCAUUGCCAGUUUGUGGAUUCACACCUUGAUGGCAGGACUGGGCCUCAGUCCUACGUAGAAGCCCUACCUACCAUUCCAGGCUACUAUCGCCAGUACCGCCAGGAGCCCGUCAGCUUUGGCCACAUCGGUUUUGGAACCCCCUACUACUACGUGGGCUGGUACGAAUGUGGGGUCUCCAUCCCAGGAAAGUGGUAG